AAUCAUUUGCAUGGCUUCUUAGCAACUGACAAUAAUUUUGGGUUAUAGUAAAUUUUCGUCUUAAAAUCUUCAAGUAAAUGGAUCAAACUAAACGACCUCUCAGAAUUCCGCCGGAAUUUAGUUCUUAUGCCGAACAACAUGGAAUAUUUGACAUUUAUAAAAGGCUCUUAGAACAAUUGGUAAUCCAGAAACCUAAUGAUCCAAUUCAAUUUAUGAUCGAUGAAUUGAAGAAAGACAAUGCAGAUAUACCUCAAAUUGUUAUACUUGGUCCACCGGCAUCCGGCAAAACAACAAUUGCUAAGAUGCUUAGUAAAAAAUUGCACUGUGCCUGUAUUAAUAUGGAUAGUCUGGUAUCAGAUUCAGAACAAAGCUUUCAGGAUCAGGUAGCAGAAUUGCGAUCAACGGGAGAGAUCAUACCCGCAGAAUUAUGGACACAAAUGUUGAAAGAAAGAGUGAAAUUGUAUGACUGUAUGAAAAAAGGAUUCGUUCUUGAAGGUUUUCCACAGACAAGAGAGCAAACAUUACUAAUCCAAGAUGCUGGCAUUAUUCCUAAGCACUGCAUUAUUCUUGAGGCACCAGAUACAGUUCUUAUAGAACGUGUUAAUGGCAAAAGAAUAGAUCCAAAAACAGGAGACGUCUAUCAUACAACAUUCGACUGGCCAUCUAAUUCUGACAUUAUAAGCCGAUUACAAAAACCACCGAAUUACGAGGAGGAUGAUAUUAUAGAGGAACUAAUUGUCUAUCACAGACAUAUUAGUGGUAUAACAUCAUGUCUUUCACCAUCGAUAAAAACUGUUAAUGCAGAUCAACCAAAAGCUGAUGUUUUUAGCCAAAUAAUGAAUUUCCUAACUUGGCUUCCACGAACAGCUGCUCCUCACACACCUAAAAUUGUUUUGUUAGGUCCUACAGGUUCUGGUAAAGCUGUUCAAGCUGCUCUUCUGGCUAGCAAAUAUAAAAUUGUUAACGUCUCUACUGGCUCCUUAAUCAAGCAAGCAAUAGCAGAAGGAAAUAAGACUGGAAAUGCUUGUCGACCAUACGUUGAGAAAGAUAUGCUUGUUCCCGAUGCCAUAGUACUUAAACUGUUGCAAGAGCGUCUUACUCAAAUUGAUUGUAUGACAAGAGGCUUUGUUUUACACGGCUAUCCGCGUUCCAGAAGCCAAGCAGCUCAGAUGGAUGAUGCAGGCUUAACUCCGAAUAGAGUUUUUAUGCUGGACAUCCCUAACGACUCAGUAUUAGAACGCUUAACACUCCGUGCUUUAGAUCCUAUCACAGGCGAACGAUACCAUGCUCUCUAUAAUCCGCCAAGAACCCAAACUGUAAAAGAUCGCUUACAAACACAUCCUCGUGAUCGUGAAAACGAAGUAAGAGCUCGGUUAAGCCAAUGGCAAGCGUACGUUGAUGAAUUAAAUGAAUACUACGAAGAAUAUAUUCAACGUAUAAAUGCUGAUCAAGAUCCUCAAACGGUUUUUGAGUGUAUAGAAAGUAUGUCUGUUAAACCUUUGCCUAGGAAGUUGAUUGAGGAGAAUUAA